AGAAGAUGGGAAUCCCCGGAGAAGCGGUGGUAGAAAAUCCAAACUAUCGAUCGACCUUGGCCGGAGUUUCGAAUUGAGAUUCGUAUCGAUGGGAGGAAGUUCGAGGAAAUCACGGGAUCGGAAGGCCUCUCCGGAAGAUUCGACCUCGGCGUACUCCUCCGCCGAGACGACUUCAUCGGACGACGAGCUUGAGUCGUCGUCGAAACGCCGCAAGCGGCGGCGCGAGAGGGAGGAGAGGAGGACGAGUAAGAAAUCUCGGAGGGAUAGCGAGAAGAGUAAGAGGAAGAAGCGACACAGUAGAAGGGAUAAAGAGAAGCAUAAACGGAGGGAAAGGAGGAAGAAGAAGUACGACGAGUCCGAGGAAGAGAGCGGGUCCGGGUCGGAUUCCCCGCCGGAGAAUCCCGAGGAUGUCGUCAAGUACAUACUGCAGGAGUUUCCUGCAGUUGCAGGGGAUUUAGAGCAGCUUUUGCGAAUGAUUGACGAUGGACAAGCUGUUGAUAUAAGGGGGCUAUCUGAAAGGUCGUUGGUGAAGCAUCUUCGAAGGCUGUUCAUGGGGUUGAACCUCAAAGAAAAUGGUGAAAAUGUAUUCCUACGGCCGAAUGAAGUGAGUCCUACACUGGAUGUUGUUGGUCCAAUUAUCCGCUCUCAUGCUGUACCUGUAAAGGAGCUUGAUAAUCUAGAGGCACAGAAAGAUGAACAGUCAAAGCCUCCCGAUUCAGAACUCGGACAUGAGGCUGAAAAUUUGGGUGAUAAGAAGGAAGAUUCUUUGGGCCCGAGAAGAAGAGUCAUCGGUCCUGAAAUGCCAUCUGCUGAGUUACUCGCAGCAGCAGCCAAACUAACAGAAGCAGAAGCUGAAUUAAGAGAAGCUGAGGUAGAUGGUGAUGAUGAAUUGUUCAUAGGACCGCCACCACCUGCUGUGGUAAAAGAAGCCGAGUCUUCCAAUGAAGCAGAGCGCUUUGAGGAGAUUACAAGAAUAAUGGGGGCUGAGGAAGGUAGUCCAUAUGAUAUUCUUGGGGUUAACAACAAAAUGUCGGUUGAAAACAUGAAAAAAAGGUAUUGGAAGCUCUCGUUGAUGGUUCAUCCAGACAAAUGCUCGCACCCUCAGGCUCACCAAGCAUUUGUUAAAUUGAACAAAGCAUUUAAGGAUUUACAGGAUCCCGAUAAGAAAAAAGCUCUGGAUGAUAAGAUAAAGCUCAAAGAAGAACAAGAAGCAUUUCAGGUAGAGCUGAAAGCAAUGCGGGAGGCUGCUCAAUGGCGUCGCCUUCAAGGUAUAUCCAUGGAAGGCGAUGAUAUCCUCCUGGCGGAGUUGGACGCGAAAGCUGCACCAAAGAGAGAUGAAUGGAUGACAACAUUACCACCGGAAAGAAAACCUGGCAUGAGCAUGCAUUCGACGACAAGUUUUAGUAAAACUUCUAAAGCAGGACGAGGCGAUACAAGCGCCUGGACAGACACACCUUCCGAAAGAGCUCAAAAGGCCAAAAUGAAUUACUUGGAAGCUUACAACGAGGCUACAGCACUCGCUUCAAACGAACAAGAAAAGAAAAACACAGCCCGUGAGGCCGAGCUGGUGGAUCAGUACAACAAAGCCAAACGCUCCAAAACAUUGGUCGAAAAGCAUCAGGAGCUGUCCAAGAGUAGCCGGAAGAAAAAAUCCAAGCAGGAACCGGCAGCAGCGAAAGAGGAAUGGGAAGGAAACCAUCCAUGGAAGCCUUGGGACCGCGAGAAGGACUUGUCCGCUGGUAGACAGAGCGUCAAACUUGAUACGGAUAACAUGGCUCAGGGCCUGACUUCCCGGUUUUCUUCCGGAUCUUUCCAAAGAAACUUCCUUUGAACAGGGAUUCGCUUCGCGGUGUUUAGCAACCAUAUGGUGUUCCCAUUUUCCCGUCAUACUAACACUUGUUUCAAAUUGAAUUUAAUCGAAUCGAAUAUAAUAUAAUCAGCGUUACAGUGAUAUAUAAUGUCUCCAUUUAACAUGUAGCAAUGAGAGCUUUGAAUCUACAUAAAUUAUUUACAUUAUUUGUUCUUUUCA